AUGGACUUUCCUUCAUUUGCCGAUUCUCUGUCAAUGUUCCCACUUCAACAAUCUUCCCUCCCACAGCAUUAUUACACAACGCAAUCCUCUCAACAGACGCCGGGGGACCCGCAUUCCUCGCCAAGUUCGUCUCUUCAUCCUUCCCACGUUACGCUCCCUCCGACGAACAACCCCCGAUGGCCCAAUGCUGCCGAUCCUACGCCUGCUCAUCCUGAUGAAUCUCCUCCCCAGGCGCAAUCGCCGCCUCCCAAUCUUGAUGCAAUAGUGAAUUGGAAGAUCCAAGGCACAGUCGAGUUCCUACGUGCCAAUGAUCUUAUAGACUCUUCCCCUAUCUCACGUAUCAAAGAACAUGAUGUAUACGACUUCUUCACCGGCUGGGCACGCCCCUGGAAAGUAAAUACAAACCUUCAAGCUGGACAGCCUGAUUCCUCCAGUCCCAGCCUCUUCGGCCCAACCACGACACCUACAAAGACGCUAAAGCUUCGCAAGAAUGGGAUGCCUCGCAAGCCUGGCUCGGGACGACCGAAUCUAGGCAAGACUGCUGCCCGCCGUGCCGCUCACAAUUCAGGUCGAAAGGAGAAAGACAAAUUUGUGCGGAGAAAAGCGGCGUUGAGCCACUUGGUCGAGGGGAAGACGUUGAGCGUAGUGAAGCAGGAGACGGGUAUAGCAAGAAGUACGAUACAGACUAUCAUUGGGAGGGCUAAGGCAAUCAGUCAAGCGCUGGGCAUCGACAUCGCAGAUGUGAGAUGCUAUGAGAAUAAGAAGAGGUUUGGCCGGCCAAGGGGGCCAUUGCUUAGGAAAAAUGCAGGGCAAGAAGAAAUGAACGCAGACACUGUGAGCGGUGAGGCUAGGGAAGAAAUGGAUGAAGGCAGCGGUGAGGGGUGA